AGUUACAACUACAGAGAACGAAACACGUGUCAAAAUGGCGCCCGUCGCCAAUACGAUCGUGCGUGAAAAACAUUAAUAUUUAAUCGUUUUUAAGUGCCCCGUUCAACAGUGUUACAUGUUAUUAUAUUGUGAAGUUUAUUUGUUAACCAGUUUACAAGUUGAGUAGACUUAUUAGUGGAUGAAGUGUACGAAACUUGACAUUGCUUGUUGCUUUUGUUGUUAAGUUUGAAAAUCAAUUGGAUUCUUAUUGGAGGUCUAUUGGCAUAUACUGACCAUGUGGGAAGAGGCGGCAACUAGUUAAAAAGAUAUCAUCAUCCUGGACCUCGCGAUGGAUUCCGAAAGCCGGAGUGAGUCGGCUCUAAACAGCCCCACGGAGCCCGACGUGUCUCUGGCAGCGUCCAUUACAGACCCUUUGGAGGCCUAUACCUUAGAGGAAGCUAGGAGGACUAUCAGAGACCUCCGUAUGAAAUAUCGAGCGCAGGCGCACCAACUGCUAACAUGGCGCCGAGCGCACCGCACCCAAGAGGAACUAGUCAAUCGUUUGCAAAUAGAGAAGGCGGAACAGCUGAAAAUGCUCUCGAGCCAACUUCUUCUCUUCGAAUCGCGUCUGGUUCGUAAGCAGAAGGAGAUAACUAAUAUGCUCGCACUCCGGGAAACCAUAAUUAUGAAACAGCAAAAAGUCAUUGAAAGUCUGCAAGCCAAACUUCUAGAUAACGGCCUCGAUAUAAUCUCAUCUAUCCCCGACUUCAGAGACAUGUUGCAAGAUACAAAUAUCACUGGAGACUUCGAUUCCCUCAACGAUUCUGACUCCGCUGUGAUAAUGGAAGACGUGGACUCCGAUUGUUGCAAUCUCUCCAACCUUCCAAGGUUCCGUUCCAUGAACCCGGACAGUGUUACAGUCGCCCGAUCGAUUUCAGAUGCCAUCGACCCCAACCUCAAAUAUAACGUCGCUAGACGCUCGAAUGGAUUCUUGCGCAGGCCAGAAAUACUCGAAACUGUAUACAGUGUUGAGGAAGAAGCAGACGCCGAAUCCACUAAAGGUCUCAGCGCUCAGAGCAGCACAGAAAAGGACAUCAAAGACGCGAACAAAACAGAUGAACAGAAGACUAAGGAAAGCAGUCUUUUGGCUCAGAGGCGAGACAACUUCCGCAUGAGAAGUAUCGUUCUCACUGCCGAAGUUAAAAGCAUAGAUAGUGAUAAGGAAAAGCCAAAAUCGAGCAACGACAUGUGGUCCUACAGUUAUGUGCCAAAAAGGAUGACUCCCGCCAAUGAUUCUGAUGAAGAGGCCACCUCAAAUCCGGAGAGCGACGAAGGGGAUCCCGAACCGAAGUCAACACAAGUCGUUACUUACAAUCGAGUGAUGUCCAACCAUAGGAAUGUGACCAAGCCGAAGGAUGUGAAGUACAAGAGAAUAAAUAAAGCGAAAUCGAAGAGUCUAGAAGAAUUGAGGGGACGAUUAAAGAAUUGGGUCGAUAAGGGGAGUAAAUUGUCGAAUAUACCGUUGGAGCAUGCGCAAAGCUAUGCCUAAAAGUUCCUUUAAGUUAUAUAGGAGAGAUGUGGGUUAGGCCUAGAUACCAAAUCGUACAGGCAAUUUCGUACGGCGAAAAAGGCAUUUAAAAUUUCCGAUUGAUGAUGCUUCUUUUCAUAAUUAUAUUGAUGUCUCUAUAGAAUAAGGUUAAGUGAGAUUACACCACCUAAUAAUUUCGUAAUCAAAUUACUAAAUAAUAAAUGCUUGUAGCUGGAUCACGCAGUCAAAGAACGGAUAUUCUUCUAGAUAAUUUAUAAUAUUUAAAAAAUAUUAUGAGCUUGUCCACUUUAAUCUAUCAGACACGAUUCUUAGUUACAUAUACAUUUAAAUAUACAAGAAAUGUUAAAGUCAGAUAUUCUUGAUACUUGAUAUUCUAUUGUAAAAUAUUUCUUAAUACGUAUUGUUAGAGUUUAAUGUGCUAUAUUUCAAGAAUCCACAGUUAUCUCUUAAACAGUAUUUGUGCAUGAAUUAAGGCAGUCAAAUCUCAGCUUUUGAUUAACCUAAUUUUUCGCACGACUGUGUUUUAAAGAUGCCACCUUACUUGAGUCUUAUCGCAGAUUACGAAGCAAAAAAGUCUAAGAAAAUGCAGAAAACCUUUUGUUCCAAAUAUAAUAAAGGUUAAUCUGUCCUUCGCUUGUUUGUUGUUUAAAAAUUUAAUACUAAAAUGGUCGUAUUUGUAAGUAUAAUAGCUAUGUAUAUACUAUGGGAAUUGAGUGUGUUUCUGUGAUCGAAAUUUUAUUCUACGUUCUUUAGAUAGUAAGUCUUGGAAGUUUUCAAAAAUUGUAGUAUAUAUUUAUUGUAUCAUAUCAGUGCCAAUUAUAAAUAUUUGAAUAGGUAGUGAAAUUCUGUUUCAAUUAAAAUAAUGAAAAGCUUAGCAUGCGAGUU